AAUUUCCAGAAUCUCUUGGUAAAACAUGUACUAUUAUUUGCUGACACGGUUUUUGGUAAAACCGCAAGGUCCACAUGAAUCAUGUGCCUCAUGUAGAAAAUAUGAGGGCAUGUUGAACUGCUUAGCACAGACUGCAGUCACACCAAGCAAAAAUCUCACUUGUAAAUCUAAUGACCGCAUUUGCUGAUAUUCUUUUCAUGUGCAAUCUCGCUCAAACUGUCGGGUGCUACCGCUGCUCUGCAAGCUUUGCCUCACAGACCCCUCCACAGAAGCGAUUGGACGGUGGGGGGAGCCAAUAGGCGGCGGAGCAGCAGGUUAUUUGAACUCUCCUCGCACAACAUCAUCUGACUUUUCAAACAUUAUUCUCCUCUUCUGUCUGUCAACGUCUGUUCCCGAGAGCACCGAAAGAAAAGCAAGGGACACUUUUAUGUUUAACCUAUUCCUUUUUACACCAAGUCUACCAAGAAUGGGAAUCUACUACCUUUCUUUACAUCUGGGAGUUUACUGAUGCACCUGUUGAUUGAGGAAGACUCGGCGCGUUUAAGAAUGAACAAAGUUGCUGUGAUGAAGUCUGAGCUUCACUUGGACGACGGCAGGAGAGCAGAGGAGAGGAACAGACUGAACUGUGCAGACGUACCUCAGACAAGUUUAGCAGAAGGACAGAGCGCGGACCUGCUGCGAUGCCAAGAGUCCGCAGAACACAACUCUGCCAUGAAGUACAGAAGAUAUGGGUCCCGUCUGACUGGCGUAAAAGUUCGUCACAAAAGACAGGUGUUGCAGGACAUGGCCCGGCCCCUGAAACACUGGUUAUACAAACACCGGGACAACCCCUACCCGACUAAGACCGAGAAGGUCCUACUCGCUUUGGGCUCGCACAUGACACUAGUACAGGUUUCCAACUGGUUUGCAAACGCCCGACGAAGGCUGAAGAACACAGUGAGGCAGCCAGACCUGAGCUGGGCCCUGAGGAUCAAACUAUACAAUAAAUAUAUCCAGGGAAACGCGGAGAGGCUGAGCAUGUGCAGUGAUGACACUGACUCAGAGGAUGAAGAAUGUCCCUUACAGACUCCCAUCAGCCAGUCAAACUUCAGCAGGUCAUCAUCCCACAAGAGCGUGCUGGAGAAACAAGGCAACAUGCUCACCAUGGCUGACUGCGCCAACAGUGAUGACAGCACGUCCCCUCCUUCCAAGUACAAGAGCAGUUUACUGAAUCGCUACCUGAACGACACCCUGCGGCACAUGAUGGUGGCGAAGGCCGAUGGCGUUGCGCCAGCCUGCAAGAGAAGAAGCCACUCCGAGUCGUUCAGUUCAAACGAAUGUGAUGGAGAUGUCGUCUCGCCUGCAUCGUCCUAUGAAACAGAGACCAACUUUGUCUACCAUAUGGAUACAAGCGACUACAAUUCAACUAAAUGUGACAGGGACCAGCAGCCACUCAGAGGCCAGCAGAGACAAGAUGACCAAGGCUGGAGGGAGAUCCACGCUGCUGUGGCUCUGACAAGCUUGGCCCAGGGGCAGAGCUGCACUGCAGACCAGAGCAGUGCUCCAGUGUCCAGCGCUGCUACAGGGCAGAGCUACACCCGAGGGCCUCUCUCUGUAGCAAAGACCACUAUCACAGACGGGAUGAGCAACACAGGAUCUGCCUCAGGUCUACAGCAGAGCUGUGCCACCGGGCCCGCUCUCACCAACCGCAUCAUCCAGAAAUCCUCUCAUAUCUCUGAGGUCCAGACUGUCAAAGUCUCACUGACAAACAGUGUGUAGGCAUUAAACAUGUUGUUUCAUACAGGAAAACCAGACGUCCACGUGCCUUGCGAUAUAUAUAUAUAUAUAUGUACAGCCUCUGAGAUCUUUGUUUUGUAAUGCUGAUUAACUUUAAUGUUUGUAACCAUUUUUAACACUAACCUAAUGCUGUUUAUUAGUUGUUACUGUUUUUUGCUGUGUUCCUCAUGCCCCCCUCUGUUGCAGUAAGUUAUAUUAACUUCCAAGAGACUGGAUCAUCAUCCAAUGCUAAUGUUUGACAGCAGCUAUUUCAAUAAACCUAAUGUGAAAUCCUUUGAAUAGUCGUGUGCUUAGAGUAAUUUCUAUGCACAGUUUUGUUUUGCUGAGCUGUAUUUAGUCUCAGUUUUCACGUGUGCAGACGUAUGUGGUGAAGUUUUACUGCAUCGUUACACAAAGUGGAUUUUAAAAGGGUUGUACUGAUGGAAGAAGAGUGUUAUAGUGGCCCAGGGAGACAGUUCCUGGAGGGAACAUGGAGGGAAGGCUAGAAACAGACAUGGGCCAAAUCCUAGUUUCCUGUUACAAACUUGGAGCUGCCAUGGUCAAAGGAGCUUGCAAAGAAAAGUGUCUGGACUUCUUUAAGUUGCUUGAAGACGUUUCAC